CGCCGGCCCCCCGAGGGACCCGCCGCUACAAGGGGGAUGCGAAGGCGGGGUGCGCUGGGACGGGGGCCCCCGUCCCUCCCGGACUGCAGCAUCCCGCCCGCCGCAGUGCUGCUGGCUGGGGCGGCAGGAGGGCUCGGCACCGGCACAGCCCCGGAGGACGGUGUGACCCCCGCCGAGGCCACAGCGAGCAGAAUCCUGCACACCUAAGCGAGAAGCAGGAAGGGUCCAGAUCCUUCUGGUCAUCUGAUUCAGGUCAAGCAGGACUUCGGAUUGCCAGCAGCCUGCAGAUCCCACUGGAGCAGCUCCCAGCACCUGCUGCUGCCCCCCGGGAGAGAGGUGGGAUGCUCUUUCAAUCCCUGGAAGACUGAGAGGCUGGGCCCCAUCCCUGGCAGUGUCCUGUCCAUGAACCACCUCCCAGCAUGAGUGCCGAUGCCGAGCAGCUCCUGGCUGGGGCCCAGGUGGCUGGUGUGCCCCUCUGGACCGUAUCCAGCUGGGCUGCCUCUGAGGUGCCCCCCAAUACCAGUGCGGCAGCUGGGGAGGCUGGCUGGCAGCAGGGGCAGGCGGAGUGGGGCGAGAUCACAAGCAUGGUGGUGAUCCAGUGCAUCUAUGCCCUGGUGUGCCUGCUGGGGCUGCUGGGCAACUCCCUGGUGAUCUUCGUCAUCCUGCGCUACGCCAAGAUGAAGACAGCCACCAACAUCUACCUGCUCAACCUGGCCAUUGCUGACGAACUCUUCAUGCUCAGCAUCCCCUUCGUGGCCACCUCAGCCGCCCUGCACCACUGGCCCUUCGGCCGGGCCCUGUGCCGCACCGUGCUGGGUGUUGAUGGGCUCAACAUGUUCACCAGCGUCUUCUGCUUGACCGUCCUCAGCCUGGACCGCUACAUUGCUGUGGUGCACCCACUGAGGGCAGCCACCUACCGCCGUCCUCGGGUGGCCAAGAUGGUCAAUGGGGGCGUGUGGCUCCUCUCGUUGCUGGUGGCUUCGCCCAUCCCCAUCUUUGCUGGUACGGCAACCACCCACGAUGGCCAAGCAGUGGCCUGCAACCUCCUGUGGCCAAGUCCGGCCUGGUCAGCCGCUUUUGUGGUCUACACCACCUUGCUGGGCUUCUUGCUGCCGGUGUUGGCCAUGGGGCUGUGUUACCUGUUGAUCGUGGGCAAGAUGCGGGCGGUGGCACAGCGGGUGGGCUGGCAGCAGCGUCGGCGCUCUGAGGGCAAGCUGACACGCCUGGUGCUGAUGGUGGUUGCCAUGUUUGUGGUCUGCUGGAUGCCCUUCUAUGUGGUUCAGCUGGUCAACCUCCUGCUGCCCGGCCGCCUGGAUGCCACCGUCAACAACGCCUCCCUCAUCCUCAGCUACUCCAACAGCUGUGCCAACCCCAUCCUCUAUGGCUUUCUCUCUGAAAAUUUCCGGCACUCCUUCCACGGCGUGCUGCGCCGCUGCCUCGACGCCAGCCUCUGCUGCUGCCACACCGAGGAGGGGACCACCGAGGAGGAGGACGAAGAGCCCCUCGACUACUGCGCCGCUCCCCGGGGGGAUGACAAGGGCAAGGGCUGCAUGUGCCCACCCCUGCCCUGCCAGCAGGAGCCCAUUCACCCCCAGCCCUGCUGCAAGCCUGGACCCCUCCUCGCAAAGACCACCGCUUUCUAGGGUGCCACCACACCUUGCCAGCCCCCCAGAUGUGUGUCUCCACCAGGCAUGGGCAAAGGGGACCCUGGCUGGAGAGGGGACAGAUUGCUGUGCCCUGCACAGCUGGUCCUCAUGUGUACUGUGCAGUUUUACAAAAUAAAAAGCCAUAAGACUGGCCUGUGAUACAGUUAAUAACAUCGACUGAGUAAUUAUUGCCAUUACCUUCACAGCAAGCAGCCUCUGCUGGGAUCAGGGACACUG